AUGGGCGUCUCCAAAGUGGGCGACCGCGUCAAGCUGCUCGUCGCAGUCAAGGACCUCAAACAACGCUGCGUGCGCGAACGCGAACAGCGCAUCCCAGCCACAACCACCACCACCACCACAUCAUCAUCAUCAACAGCCCAAGCCCAGCAGCAACACACCUCCGUCUCCCCCAGCGCACAGCACCACCACCUCAACCACCUCAACCAGCCCUCACUCUCCCCCUCCCUCCUCAACCAACACCCCCACCCCCGGGCCUCCUCCCACCACUCCCCCAGAUCCCGCCCAGCUCCCGCCCAUCGGGACCCUCGCCACGCUCCGGAGGGACCUACAGCAGCACCCAAGUCCUUACCAGGGAGCGCCCAGACCCCGCCCUCCUCGGAGUACCUCUCCGCCUCCAGCGAUCGAGGCCGGGCCCGCCGAAACAGACUGGCCACCGACCCCGGCCUGCCCGCCCCAUGGACCGGAGACUUCGGCCUCCCCCGCGCACCCGCCCCCGGCAACCUGGCCUCCGCCCUCACCCGCAAAACCUCCAUGGCCACCCACUCCUCCAGCUCGUCGUCAUCCACCGGCAACGCCACCCCUCCCGCCGUCAACGUCUCCCAAACCUCCCUCUUCCUCAAGAAAGCCGCCGCCGACCAUCGCAGAGCGCCCAGUCUCAACAGCGCCUCUCUCGGCCCUCCCGGCUCCGCCGGCCCCAGCCCCGCCGGCUCUAAGCCCAUCUCCAUCGUCCCAUCCCCCUCUAAUCUCCCCACCAGCGCUGCGAACAACUCGGGCCCGGCUGCGAGCUCCAGUCCGACCAGCACAGGUUCGCCGAGUCGGGGCUUGCACACGGCCGCGCUCCCAGGCGGCUCGAGCAGCGCCUCAGCAGGGCUGACCAGUAUCCAAGAGGACGGCGGGGUUGGGAGCGGGGGGGUGCUAGGGCUGCGGGAGAUCGGGUUCAAAGUGGGGCGCGGGGGGUUCGGGCGGCCGACGACGCCGGCAGGCACGGUGGGCGUGGUGGCAGGGACGACGUCGCAGAUCGGCCCGGUCUGCCAACCCACGCUGGACGAGGUGAUCCGCAAGACGAUCAAGGUCUCCCUGGCCGAGAACGGCACCAUGAAGACGAUCAACGUCGAGAACCUCAAGUCUGCCAACGACCUCCUCGACCGCGUCCUGCGCAAGUUCGGCCACACCGGCCCCGCCGCUAAUCGCCCCGGAAACCUCGACGAAUGGGCGCUCUCGCCGAUGCCCCUCAACGCCGUGCCCGGCGAACUCAACUGGGGGACGAUCAAACAACUCGACGAGCACGAGCUGCUCGAGCUGUGUCGGACGACGAACCGGCCCGAGCGGCAGAGGGGCCUGCUCCUGCACAGCGUGGCGAGCGGCAAACGGGCGAACCGCAAGAUGGCCGCCGCGCCGUUCUUCGCCGGCGACGAGCUGGUCAUCACGGGCGUUUCGCCGACGCUGUCGCCGACCUUGGCCGGCUCGUCGCCGACCCAGUCUGCCCACCAACAACAGCAGCAGCAGACGAAGGAGGCGGGAGGUGAGCCGUUGGCUGGUGUGGAGGAGGGUGGAGGAGGGCCGGGAGGAGAGCAGGCGAAGACGGACCCCCCUCCGCCUCGGAAGACGCGCAAUCGGGCGAGCGUGGUGAGCGUGAUGUCCGGCCUGAUGAUCGACCCAACACGGCACUCGGAGCCCUUGCCCCCGGACUACCAAGCCUCGCUCCACCAACACGCCGUGCAUCCCGAAGCCUCCUCCUCCGGGGUCGGGACGGGAGACAGGGUGACGAGUCUGCUGGCCAGCGGGCGGGGAAAGCUGCGCAACUUCUUCGGCCACCGCCCGCCCUCCGAGAUCAUCUCCAACCACCUCGUCGACUUCUUCCCCGCCGUCGAGAACAAGAAGCAUCUCUCCAAGUCCGUCCGCCAGUCCGUCCGCAAAUCCCUCGCCAUCCGCCGCUCCAGCCAGUUCUCGACCCUCGGCCGGGGCUCGUGGGACUUAGCGGGCUACCCGCCCGUGCCCGGCGGCCCGGCGCAGAUGGGCCGGCUGUCGACGGACUCGGGCCGCUCGGAGCAGGGGCGGCUCUCGGGGGCCGACUUCACGCACACGGUGCACCUCGAGGAGCCUUCGGAGGGGGGCCGACGGAUGUCGACGGAAGACACGCUGGGCUCGUUGCCCGACCCGGCGAUGGCCGGCCGGCUGGGCGUCAAGAAGGGCCCGCGCGAGUCGGACGCGGCCUCCAUGCUGACCCUCGACGAGGUCACUGCCGAGGUCGAGAACCGCAGGCUCAGCAUGGUCGGCGCCAAGCUCGGCGGCCCCGAGUGGGGCGCCCUCUCCGGCUUGCUCGCCCCCGCUAAGAAACCCGCCCCCGACGACGACCCCCGCGCCCCCGCCGAGGACGAGCACGGGCCCGCGCGCCGCUCGAUUAGCUCCACUCGCGUCGAACGGUCCGCGACUGAGGAGGGCGCCGCGAAUGGGGUGUGCGUUGGGGCUGAGAAGAAGGUUGUCCGGACAGCCAAGGCGUCGAUCAAGUGGGUGCGGGGGGCGCUGAUCGGGCAGGGCAGUUUCGGGAGCGUGUAUCUUGGGAUGCAUGCGUUGAACGGGACGCUGAUGGCGGUCAAGCAGGUGGAGAGGCCGAGCGGGACGUCGCACAACGAGGAGCGCAAGAAGUCGAUGCUGGGGGCGCUAGUGCGGGAGAUCGAGUUCCUGAAGGAGCUCCAGCACACGAACAUCGUCCAGUACCUCGACUCCUCCGCCGACGACUCGUUCUUCAACAUCUUCCUCGAAUACGUCCCCGGCGGCUCGGUGUCCACCCUCUUGAAGAACUACGGCUCCUUCGAGGAGGCCCUCGUCAUGACCUUCACCCGCCAGAUCCUGCAGGGCCUCGUCUACCUCCACUCCAAGGAAAUCAUCCAUCGCGACAUCAAGGGCGCCAACAUCCUUGUCGACAACAAGGGCGUCAUCAAGAUCUCCGACUUCGGCAUCUCCAAGCGCGUCGAAGACAAUCUGCUGUCCACCGCCCGCAUCCAUCGGCCCUCCCUCCAGGGCUCCGUCUUCUGGAUGGCCCCCGAGGUCGUCAAACAGACCUCGUACACCCGCAAGGCCGACAUCUGGUCGCUCGGCUGUCUGAUGGUCGAGAUGCUGACGGGCGAGCAUCCGUGGGCCUCGCUGACCCAGAUGCAGGCCAUCUUCAGGAUCGGCUCGUUCGCUACGCCCGAGAUCCCCGACGACAUCUCCGACCACUGCAUCGACCUGCUCAAGCAGACCUUCCUCAUAGACCAUCAUGCACGACCGACGGCCCUGGAGCUGUCCAACCACGCCUUCUUCAGCCCCGGCGCCCCAGCCACCACCCCCGCGCCGGCAGCCCCUGCAGAGGCCCCUGCGUCCGCCCCGGCCGCUGCGCCAGAGGCCCCCGAGGCCGCCCCCGAAGAGAAACAGCCCGACGCCCGCACCGAGCUCCCACAGGACCCCGCGCCCAACGAGCCCGACACGCCGUCCGAGUCCGACUCGCUCAUCGAGAACGAGGCCCGCCGGGUGGUCGUCGAGGCCUCCCGCGAGCUGCUGUCGCUGCGCGCCGCCGACCCCGACGCUGCUUGA